AUUAAUCAAAAUGACAGUUUAACAAAAGACAAUCGAACAAAGUAAAAUGACACUAGAUUCAGUCGUCCAAUGUCACAUCUGUAUGACACAUCCACUCAACGCCCGUAACUCAAAUUCUCAAUGUCGAGGUAUCUAAAAUAACUUAUCUUUGACAGUUCAGUGAAUGUAAUCAUUUGGAAGUCCGCCAAGACUAUGGGAUACCUAGCAGGACAAGGAUCGGAUGCUGACUCUGCUGCCGACGCCACAGAUGGAGAAUUGUAUCUCAAAAAAUUGCAUAACAAAGAAAACAUUGCCUCAAGCCCCGCAUACCUUUUAUUUACUGCACCGUAUAAAAUCUGUGAGGGAGGAUGUAACUACGGUAAUGACACUAAUUUUGCAAUGGCGUUCCCUUUAUUUAUUGGAAAUUACCGAAAACGUGGUUAUGGAGAAAUUUAUCCAAAUGAUACCAGAAGUCCUGAUGAGACCUUUCGUAAGACUAGAUCCACCAGGCCUCCCUUUACGACCUGCUCUCCCGAGAAACCAACGCCUUACCCUAAUACCAAAAGUACUAUGUAUCCGGGAUACAGAGUAUCCGUCGCAAACACUAAAAGCACCGGUUACCCGGGCUACACGGGAUACAGCGAAUCCAUCGCAGACACUCAGAGCACUGGAUACCCGGGAUACAGACAAUCCAUCGCAGACACUCAAAGCACUGGAUACCCGGGAUACAAAGAAUACAGAGACACUCAAAGCACUGGCUACCCGGGUUACAAAGAAUACAGAGACACUCAAAGCACUGGCUACCCGGGAUACAAAGAAUACAGAGACACUCAAAGCACCAGGUACCCGGGCUACGAUGGUUAUGACUUGAGAAGAACUGUAAGAAAAUCUCGGGCCAGAUAUUAUCCGGAACAUGAAUCAUUUAGAAAGACCCAAGGUCUAUAUUUUUCUGGGAACAGUAUAGCAGGUAACAUUAUUCCUAGAAGAUCCGAUCUAAAGAUGCAACGACCCAAGAGUUCGAAUAUCCGAAGAAAUGUUCCUAUGGAACCCGUACAAAUAUGGUGGUCACAACUUAUACCAGGGCCCCGAGCUUAUAUCAAGCCUGAGAACUUGAACCAUGAAGAACUAAAGAAGAUAAAACAUAAUGAGUUAUCACCGUUUGGAAUAAUGCCCGUCUUGCCUAUAACGUGA